ACAAAUGAAAUGUAUUAGGCUUUACGAUUUUUGAAAACUUAAUUUGAAGACUCAGAACCUGUAAACUGUUACACUGUAUCGGAUGUCCACGAGUUGAAUGAAAUCAUUUGAUCCAUGUUCACAACUCACUUAGAUGGGAACAACAACCGUUUUGUAUGUACCACUACCAGCGUAAACUGUUCGGAAGCGACGACGAGCGCUGUUAUCACAGACCACAAAUCUAACGGACGCCAUGAUUCUUGUUUUCUUUCAGUGGGUAACAGCUGACACGAAGUGAAUUAGAAACAAAGGAAACACGCACUCGCCAUAGCUGACUGGUAUGCUCAUACAGUAUUAUAGGGAUGCCCAAGGAAAAAUAUGAUCCGCCAGACCCAAGGCGGAUGUACACAAUAAUGUCCACUGAGGAGGCAGCCAAUGGGAAGAAGUCAUACUGGGCUGAGCUCGAAAUUAGUGGUAAAGUGAAGAGUCUGAGCACCUCAUUAUGGACGUUGACUCACCUCACUGCUCUUCACAUCGGUGAUAACUCCCUCUCUCGUAUCCCGCCCGAUAUUGCCAAACUUCAAAACCUGGUGUACCUGGACCUCUCAUCCAACAAGAUCAGGAGCCUGCCUGCCGAGCUUGGCAACAUGGUGUCUCUCAGGGAACUUCUUUUAAACAAUAACCAGUUGCGGGUUCUACCUUUUGAGCUUGGAAAACUGUUUAAGUUACAAACACUGGGGUUAAAAGGAAACCCACUUGCACAAGAAAUAUUGAACCUCUAUCAGGAGCAUGAUGGCACGAGGAAACUGCUCAACUACCUUCUGGACAAUCUGGCAGGGACCAAACGAGUCAACUCCGAGCAACCCCCACCCAGAUCAUGGAUUGUCAUGGCCGAGCCUGACCGGGCACGAACAGCAGCCUUGUUUUCUGUGAUGUGCUACAACGUGUUGUGUGAUAAGUAUGCCACGCGCCAGCUCUACGGCUACUGCCCCUCCUGGGCCCUUAACUGGGAGUACAGGAAGAAGUCCAUCAUGCAGGAGAUCAUGAAUUGCAACGCUGACAUCAUUAGCCUACAGGAAGUGGAAACAGAGCAGUACUACAACUACUUCCUACCGGAGCUGAAGGACCAGGGUUACGAGGGCUUUUUCAGCCCCAAGUCCCGCGCCAGGACCAUGUCUGAGUGUGAUCGCAAGCAUGUGGAUGGCUGCGCCAUAUUUUACAGAACCGAAAAGUUCAGCCUGGUGCAGAAACACACGGUGGAGUUCAACCAGCUGGCUAUGGCAAACUCUGAGGGCUCAGAGGCCAUGCUCAACAGAGUCAUGACCAAGGACAACAUUGGUGUGGCCGCUCUUCUAGAGGUGCGCAAGGAGAUGAUGGAGCAGUCUGUGGGAAAGUCUCUGCACGGCAUGGAGAAACAGCUCCUCCUGGUGGCCAACGCCCACAUGCACUGGGACCCGGCGUACUCCGACGUCAAGGUGGUCCAGACCGUCAUGUUCCUGUCUGAGGUGAAAAACAUAGUGGAGAAGGCCACGCGCAGCCUCAAGCUCUCCUCAGUCUCCGGGGAGACAAAUGCCGUCCCACUCGUCCUGUGUGCUGACCUCAACUCACUCCCUGACUCUGGUGUGGUGGAGUACCUGAGCUCGGGCGGAGUGGACAGCACCCACAAGGACUUCAAGGAGCUUCGCUACAUCGACAGCCUGACCAACUUCAACUGCAACGGCAAGAAUGGCACAUCCAACGGCAGGAUCACCCACAACUUCAAGCUGAAGAGUGCCUACGAAAACGGCCUGAUGCCUUACACCAACUACACCUUCGACUUCAAGGGCAUCAUUGACUACAUCUUCUACUCUCAGCCUACGCUCAAUGUAUUGGGAGUUCUGGGUCCUCUGGAUCCUCACUGGCUCCAUGAGAACAAUAUCAGCGGCUGUCCCCACCCCCACAUCCCCUCCGAUCACUUCUCCCUGUUUGCACAACUGGAGCUGCUCCUCUCCUACCCGUCAUCAGUCAAUGGAAUCCACCUGCCAGGGCGCAGGUAGUUCUCCGAGCCACAAGAGGGAGCUGUUGCUCCAACAUCAUUCUAUUUUUCCUGCAAAGUUGACAAACACAUUCUGUAUCAAUCAAAAUACAAUAAUAGGAGUGGGAUAUGGCCAGCAUUUUACCCCCAUGGAUUUUAACUGAAGCAAAAGUUCACGACGAUCUCAACAAUAGGUCUUUAUCACAUUUUCUGGGCACAAUUUAAUGUUGUAUAUUUUUUUCACACCGUAUCCCACGUAGCAGUCCUGGGUGUUUCGUUUUUACGUAACCUGCAGAUAAAUUGUUGAAUUGUGUGGCAAUACCAAGAGGCCCACAGGGAGUGCAUGCAUCUGUAGAGUAUUUUUCCCACCUCUUAUUACCAGUGAGAUUUUGUUGAGGGGGAAUUCUUCAUGUCAAAAGCAUGAGCUUGUGUACACAAAGUUAGAGCUGCUGACUAACGGCGAGUAAACUGUAGGCUAUAAAAAUAGUUGCACACUAUAUUAAGGGUAAUUGAUUGUGUAAAACCCAACGUUUCGGUGUUAGUACCACAGUGCGGAAAUGCUGGUGGUUUACUCAAUAAAUUACUUGGGGUGUGUGUAUAUAUAUAUAUACACACACACACACGUAUGUGUGUGUGGCUCUUUAUAUCCUACAGGGAUUGUUCAUGUCACCACAGUCCAGUCAGAGCGAGCGGCAAAAUCUCAAGACGCCACCAAUCGACAAGAUAAACCCACAAGGCCGAUAUACCAGCUUUAACCAGAGUCAGUCUCAGCCGCUCCAAAUCCAUUCCCUCGCAUUGCCGUAUCUUGCCAUAAAGAGUGUAGUAGGAGGUGCUGGAGAGAGCAGGCCAAACGUUGCACUUUUGCACUCGCUGGUUCUGAGACCACCUCUACGGGUGCUAAAAGCCUGUCCUCUAGCUCAGCGGCUCCAUUUUCUACUGAGUGGUGCAAUCGCUCUGUGCAGCUAAAGCACAAAGGCAUUUUCAAACCUCUUUGAAAGACUACUGUAAAAUGUCUAUUUCAGUGUAUGAUGCUAGGGUGAUAAUACGUGUAACUUAUCUAGACUCAUAGCAUUAACACCUCGGACUGGUUCUGUUUUUUUAUUUUUAGGGCCUAAUCGCAAAUCUGAACAUCAUCGCAAAAUUAAGCGACUGCCUUUUAAGUAUUCCAAUGCAAUUUUACCGUAGUCACGUGCCAUAGAGCCAUUUUGAAUCUAGCAUCGGAUAUUAAAAUGUUCCAAAAACCACCAGUCAAUCACUGGGAAUGACCUUUAGUGAUCCUUAGCAAUGGGGCUUAGAUUUAGAAAGGGAAAAUGGUCACGGUCAGUCUGACUUGGCAUCUUCCAAACUGGUUGUCUUAUGCCAGAGACCCCAUCUCUGACCCCAUAGCUCUGUAGCCAAAUGGAAUUGAGCAGGGGCCAACUUGCUUUAAAUCACAUAUGGUUUAAAGCAGGGUCGACCCCCCCCCCCCCCCCCCCCCACAAAAAAAAGACAUGCUCCAACAGACAGGUCUGUGGUGCUGUCUUUUAGGCCAGUAGCAAACCUUCCAUUACAAAGACAUCCACUCUUCAAUCCAGGGUUAUUCCUCUCCAUUACUAAUAGCUAUUUGUUUGAUACAGGAACUUGGGCUAAAAUUGAUUGUAUAUGAACUGCAGAAGUCCUAAUACACUGCAUUAUUUUGUACCUGUAAGUAAUGGUCAGAUUUGGAGAAAAUGAUUGUAUUGUAAAUUAAGGCUAAAUUUGUAUCCAUUUUAAUUGUUUAAAGUUAAGAAAAUGUAAAAGACCAGCUUGUAUAAACAAAAAACGAAACAAUAGUUUUUCAGGUUUCCGCCGUUGCACUUGACCAGGUUACAUUUUCCCGAUUUAACCACUUUAUUUUUAUUUUUUUUAUAAAUUGAAUGCAUUUCAGAGGCAGGUUUCUGGCUAUUUUCUCACAUCUGUCUUUGGAAUUUGCAGUAAAACAUAAAACGUGCCUCCCUGACUCUGUUCUCUAAUGCACUGCCAGUGCUAUCAGUGAACACCUGAACAGCCUCCUAUUUUUCUCAAAUUGAAAACACCGUUUAGAAGGUUUUUUUGCAUUCGCUAUCAAACAUUAUUUCCUUGUCUCACUUAGUUGAUAUUUUAGAGUAAUCGGGUAAAGUGGCUGUUUUUGCUGUGCUUUUUUUUUCAGCUUAAACUAUAAGCCGCUCUUGUGUCAACGUGUUUUAGAUCGGUUUUAUCAUGUCCUUUGUUUUGUCUUUUCGAGGAACCCGAUCAUGCAGAGGUCCAUACUUGGAAGCCUCCCCCUCUUCCUCAGUCUAGUGUAAAAUAGUUGUAUCUAGAGCCACUGACUCCAACUCAGGCAAUUCUCUUUAAAUUUUUGUUUCAUUUUGAGGUGUUUUCGUAUGUCUACUGCUAGACCACAGUGAUCUAUUCUAUUGUCUCUAGUGCCAUUUGAUGCAUUCUACUUCAAGGCCAAUUGUUAAGUCCACUUAUAUACUGUACAGGAAAAUAUCAAGGUAAAAAAUAAACUAAAGGGGGCAUAAAAUGUUAUUCAGAAAUAUUGCUCUGAGCUUGUUGUGAGCCAAUGCUAUGGCGUGGCCCAGCUUGUUUCCAAACCACAGUGGCACUGUAAGAUCAGCUACAUGAAAAAAUAUGAUCUGUUUUAAAUUAUUGAUAUUUUCUCUUAAGGCCAAUUUGCGUGUUUUGUUGUGCUCUCCUGAAUUGUUUUAUUUUUUAUUCAAUGGAUUGACAAGCAUUUAUUGUAGAUCACUAGUGCAGCUACUCAUGUGGCAUUUUUUUAAAUGAUACUUUUGCUGUUUUGCAAAAGCAAUUUUUUUAAUGCAUUUUACCAAGCAGGAGAAAAUGGUGGAAAGGGUUCCGUCUUGGUCCUUUUGUCCCUUUCAAUUUUCCACCAUCCUUUUUUUGUUUUUCAUCAAAAUCAAUGUAUCUGGUUAAUUAUAUUAGAUUGCUGAUGGUGUUGUAGCUAAAAGAGAUUUUUUUUUGUAAAUUGUGAAUAAAUUGUAUCACAUUUCCUUUCAUGAAUUGUUUGUGUAUCAUGACAAAUGUAUGAUUGGUUUGUCUCUUUGCUCAUAGUUUUUAUUUUGUAAUUCUCAAACCAAAUUUAUUUUUGUGAUUAAUGUUGGCACACUGAAUUAUAGAUUUAUAUUGUUGCUAACUUUUUGAUUUAAGAACAUGAUUUGAACAGUAUUUUAAACAGUUGACAAACAUCCUAGCGAAAACAAAGUCACAAAAGAUUUGUCAUGGUCACCAAAUGAUAUUCUCCAACUUUUAGCUUUAUAGAACCAUUAUCGAAUGUGGGUUCUAGUUAGGUAGAGGAUGUCGGGUAGUAGCCAAUGUUGAAGAGAUGGCUGGUGUAAAAGACUGCUUGUAAAUGUGCAGCAUUUUGAGGUUCCACUGAUUUAGCCAACAUUUGACCAUUUGACCCAGACAUUAUUCCCCUGCUGUUUGAUCUGUUAGCAGACCCUAGACUAGAGGGUGGGAAUGGAGAUGUUUGGCAGGCACUAGUCACGGCCUAGUUUAUUAACAUAAUUUAGGCCCAACUAAUCCCUGGCACUGUAGGUAUCUUGCCUUCACCUUUUUGUUACGUUUGAUAACUGGUGCAUCUAUGUCCACCACAGUCCUAGUUCAUAGGCAAAAUAUGAAUUAGAUGUGACUGUCAGAUAAUUGGCACUCAGUCUUUAUGUAUAGUUUACCCAAACUUGGCAAUAAUUAAACAUUCUACUUUUUAGAAUUUUUGUUUUGUAACGCUUUGGCAGAAUUGACAAUUACCUGUCUUUUCCAUUUGAAUCUGUCUCAAUCUGUUUAUUGUUCUCUCUCUUGUAGAAGUAGUAAUGCAAUGGUUAGGUUUGUGGCCAGCUGAAAGUAAGUGUAUAGAGGUACUGUGUCACUAUGUAAUGCACUGGACCAACUCUUGUUUACCAGUUAUGGAAUACCAGCAACACACUUGCACAAUGUUUUAAAGAGUUAUGUAUUUGGAAAAAAAUAUAGAUAUAUAUAUAGAACAUGGCAGCUGUUUUUAAUGUAAUAUUAGGACAUGUACAGCAACCUAAUGGUAAACCAUGGUCUUCAUUAUUUCACUGUUAUCCUCUAGUCUUGGUUCUCUUGAGUAGUCGUGUUUAUACUUGUUUCCUUUUACACCUCUUUUUUUUCCUACUUUUGGUUGACUAAAAUUCUAUAUCUGUUU